UCACCCUCAGUCCCUCGCAAGCUUGCAAAAAUGGAGGUGUCGUCGGUACAUGGUGUCGGUGUCCAACAUGUCCUCUGCGGCCCUUCACCCAUUUCUUCUCUCUCUAUUCUCUCUACGACUCCAUGGAGGAGCACAAGAGAUAAGAACUCUCAUCUCUGUUGUGCCACAACUCUUGUCAAAGAACGCCACACUGAGCCUCCCAACAAUGGCAGCGGAAUCCCAAAGCGGCACUCCAAGCAAUACUUGGCUAGACAGUCUGCUAUUCUUGAGGUCCAAGAUUCCUCUGACUUGGACUCGGCUCUUACAAGAUUAGGUGGGAGUUUGAAGGUCCAAGACUUGAAUGCCAUAAUACGCCAUUUUGGGAUACUGAAAAGAUGGCACGAUCUUUCUCAGCUCUUUGAAUGGAUGCAACAGAAUGGAAAAAUUAGUGCAUCAUCCUAUAGCAGCUAUAUAAAAUUCAUGGGAAAGAGCCUCAAUCCUGUAAAGGCACUAGAAAUAUACAAUAAUAUUCAAGAUGCAUCAAUCAAAAAGAAUGUUCACAUAUGCAAUUCUGUUCUUGGUAGUCUGACCAGGAGUGGCAAAUUUGAUGGAAGCUUUAAGUUAUUUCACCAGAUGAAGCAGGAUGGUUUAACACCAGAUGCUGUCACAUACAGUACGCUCCUUGCAGGCUGCAACAAAGUCAAACAUGGUUAUUCUAAGGCAUUAGAACUUGUUCAAGAAUUGCAGCGCAAUGAGCUGCAGAUGGACAGUGUAAUUUAUGGUACACUUUUAGCUGUAUGUGCUUCUAAUAAUAAAUUAGAGGAAGCAGAAGGUUAUUUUAAGCAGAUGAAGAAUGAAGGCUAUUUACCAAAUGUCUUUCAUUAUAGCUCUAUGCUUAAUGCUUAUUCUAUAAGUGGGAACUACAAAGAGGCUGAUGAUUUGGUUCAGGAUAUGAAAUCUGCAGGGUUAGUACCUAAUAAGGUUAUUUUGACAACUUUAUUGAAGGUUUAUGUCAGAGGUGGGCUGUUUGAAAAAUCAAGAGAACUAUUAGCUGAACUGGAAAGUUUGGGUUAUGCUGAAGAUGAGAUGCCAUACUGCUUAUUGAUGGAUGCCCUUGCUAAGGCUGGGCGCAUACGUGAAGCUAAAUUGGUUUUUGAUGAAAUGAAGGAGAAGUCCAUCCGAUCAAAUGGCUAUUCAUACAGUAUCAUGAUUUCAGCUUUCUGCCGAGGUGGGCUUCUGGAAGAUGCAAAGCAGUUGGCUAAGGAUGUUGAAAGAACUCAUGACAAAUUUGACUUGGUUAUGUUGAAUACAAUGAUCUGUGCCUAUUGUAGAGCAGGUGAAAUGGAUAGUGUAAUGGAAAUGUUGAGAAAAAUGGAUGAACUAAAAAUCACUCCUGAUUAUAAUACCUUUCAUAUCCUAAUAAAAUACUUCUGUAAGGAGAAGUUAUACCUGCUUGCUUAUCAGACCAUGGAGGACAUGCACAACAAGGGACACCAACCAGAUGAGGAACUUUGUUCCUCCUUAAUGUUUCUUCUUGGUAAGAUAAGAGCAUAUUCAGAAGCAUAUUCUGUUUACAAUAUUCUGAGAUAUAGCAAGAGGACAAUGUGCAAGGCCCUUCAUGAGAAGAUUCUGCACAUUCUACUGGCAGGACAGCUUCUCAAAGAUGCUUAUGUAGUAGUCAAGGACAAUGCAGGGUUGAUUUCUAAGCCUGCUGUUAAAAAGUUUUCAACUGCCUUUCUGAAGUUGGGAAACAUCAACUUGAUAAAUGAUGUGUUGAAGGUAAUUGAUGCUUCUGGCUGCAAGAUUGAUCAGGGACUAUUUCAGAUGGCCAUAUCACGCUAUAUCGCACUCCCUGAGAAAAAGGAAUUGCUUAUUCAAAUGCUACUGUGGAUGCCAGGACAAGGUUAUGUUGUUGAUUCAGCUACAAGAAACCUAAUACUGAAAAACUCUCACUUAUUUGGUCGCCAACACAUUGCGGAUGUACUGUCGAAGCAACAUAUGAUUUCAAAAGCUUCAAAAUCUCGUAACAAGGAUAACUUGGUUUGACAUCCGUGGAAAUUCCAGGUAUCUUCCAUCAUAGCUCAACAUUUUGUGAGAAAAACAGUGCAAUUUGAUGGUUGAGGUCAACACUUGGCACUGUCAAGUAUAACUUGUCUUCAGAAAUAUGAGCCAGUUGCUUGGCGUAUUACAGCCGAUGCUUCUUUGACUGGUUUGUCUGACCCUCAGUACAGUACACAAAUUGAAUAUUAAGUGUAUAACCUUUCAUGCAUGUAACCAGAUGCUGUAAUUCAGUCAUAAUCUAUAUAUAUUUAUCCAAUUUUUAUUAGUGGAUAUCA